UCCCGGGUUUCCGGACUGGGCUGGUAGUGAAGAUAAAAAGUGCCUGAGAAGUCCCAGGAGCAGCUGGCCUGCACUUAGAGCUCCAGACCUCAGUUUCCCCGAGGUAGUCAUCCUUGGAUCUAGUGGCACCCUCUUGACAUGAGCAUCACUGCGGUGUUUCGAGCCCUUCGGCCCAGCCCUGAGCUGCUGCUUCUGGGCCUGUUGUUUCUGCCAGUCAUUGUUGCUGUCACCAGUGCUAGUCCUGAAGAAAGCAAUGGAGAUCUUACCUGCAUGUGUGUGAAGACCACCUCCUCUGGGAUCCAUCCUAAGCACGUUACCAGCCUGGAAGUGAUCAAGGCAGGUCGCCAUUGUGAGGUUCCCCAGCUCAUAGCCACCCUGAAGAAUGGGAGGAAAAUUUGCCUGGACCGGCAAGCACCCCUAUAUAAGAAAGUAAUCAAGAAAAUCCUGGCGAGUUAGGUACCAGCUGCCUAAACGUGCAAUGUGUUAUGUGGGAUUCCUGGAGUCUUGUCCACUUUUAAUGUAGCUGCCAUCUUCCGGUGUUUAUAUUAUCCUCUGAAAUUUAAAUAAAAGCAUUGAACCAA